GUUCGAUCUUUGAUUUUUUGAGUCAAUCUUUAUGCAAGUCGCAACAGAGAUCUAUUCAUGCAAGCCUCCUACACGUGUAGUAGUGCCGUUUGUGGGAGAUUUGUCCUCAAACCGCUUUCUUUUGGCUACUUCAAAUAUAACUGAUGAUAAUGAGAUACACCUUGUGGAGUAUAAUUCACGGAAUAAAAACGUCUAUUCAGAGUGCAUUUAUAAACACAAUGGCCAGAUUUUCGGAUUAAGUCCUUGUCCUUACGAUCCUGAGCUGUGCUUUGCUAUUGUUGGAUGUGACUCUGAUACGAAGAAAGGAAUCCUGUAUCACUUGGGAAAUCUUCCUCUCACACACAUUUCUGAAGAAAAAGACCAGGAUCAGGAUAUCCCCGGCGAGCCCGAAGCAGACAAUGCAUCUGCUGAUUCCAUUUCCGAUGCUCCUGACAAUCUCGACAGUGCAGAGAAUCCAAGCAAUCCAUCCCAUUUGGAAGCUGCUAAGGAUACGGAGAAUGCAGAGAAUGCAGAGAAUCUCGAUACUUCUGAGCAUAUUGAAGCAUCUGAGAGCGCAGAUGCAAACGUAAGCGCAGACGCAGGUGCAGGUGCAGACGCAGCCGCGGAUUCUGCUUCGGCCCCUGCUUCAGCUCCCGCCCCCUCGGAUCCAACCUCGGUCCCCGCCUCCGCCUCCGUCCCCGUUGCCGCGCCUUCUUCGCCGAUCGACGCAGCGGAGGGCGACGCGAAGCACGCCGACGCGACUCCCGCGGAAGAAGCGGAGUGUCUCCCCGACGACAAGCGCGACGUCCCCGCGGCGACGCCUCUCCCGACGGAGCUGAGCGUGCUGUCGACGGCGCCGCGCGACAACAUCGUGAGCGCGAUCUGGCACCCCGGGAACCUGGAGCAGGGCACGCUGCCGCACGAGCUGAUCCUGGUGUAUCGCAGCGGGUAUGCGGGGUACCGCGUGACGGACGCGGGGCAGCUGGAGGAGCUGUUCUUCUACAGCUUCAAGGAGCCGUGCCAGGCGGCGGCGUGGGAUCCGCUGCACACGCAGCUGCUGGCGGUGGCGCAGGGCCGCGCGGUGCGCGUGAUCAACAUCUCGGACAACUCGGUGCUGUGCUGCGCGGAGCAGGCGCACGCGGAGGCGGUGCAGUGCAUGGAGUUCAAUCCGAAUCGGCCCAGCAUUCUGUGCACCGGCGGACGCGACGGCGUCGUCACGCUGUGGCACGUGUCCAGACGCGGAAUGGAGGUCGAGAAGACCGUGCAGGCCCAUACGCAUUGGUAG